AUGUGGGAGUGGGUCAGAAGAGCUGUGUUGCACUCGCUGUGCACAGCCCUCCUGCACCUCUGGAAGUGGGUGCAGGCUUUCUGGUACAAAAAUGGCCUCUUGACUCUCUCCAUGCUGUCGGUUGUCACUGGAUGCCUCCUGGGGUUCCUGCUGCGGACACUGGAGCUGACAGAACUGGAGAAGCAAUAUUUUUCCUUUCCUGGAGAGCUCCUCAUGAGGAUGCUGAAGAUGCUGAUCCUGCCCUUAAUCACCUCCAGCCUCAUGUCUGGGUUGGCUACCAUGGACUCCAGGGCCUGCGGGAAGAUGGGGGUGAUCACCAUCACCUACUACCUUUGGACAACCUUCAUGGCAGUGACCGUGGGGAUCAUCCUCGUGGUCAGCAUCCACCCUGGUGCAGCUGCCCAGAAGAACAACUACUCUGUGGGGAAAGUGGUGCUCAGCUCCGCCGACGCGUUACUGGAUUUAAUCAGAAACAUGUUUCCUUCUAACCUGGUUGAAGCUUCGUUCCAGCAGUAUCGAACUGUUCUUGUCCCAGUGGUAAAGUCUCCUGGUUUCCCAAAAAUCCCAGGAAAACCUGUCAAUUUUAUUUACUUUGCACCUGACGACAAAAACCCUGAAAUCCAUCGGCCUGUGUUCCUUGAGCUGACCCCAUCACCUGAAAUGACCUACAGGACCCUGGCUGGGACCAGCAAUGAGAUGAAUGUCCUGGGGAUUGUCAUCUUCUCAGCAACCAUAGGACUUCUCCUGGGAAAAAUGGGUGAGCGAGGAGCUCCGCUGGUUAACGUGUGCCAGUGCCUGAACGAAGCAGUUAUGAAAAUUGUCUCAAUGGCUGUUUGGUACUUCCCCUUUGGCAUUGUAUUUCUCAUAGCUGGAAAGAUCUUGGAGAUGGAAGAUCCAUCAGUUAUAGGACAGAAACUGGGACUGUAUGUCAUUACAGUAGUGUCAGGACUUGCCUUGCAUGGAAUCGUCCUUUUACCUCUGCUUUUUGUGCUCAUCACCAAGAAAAACCCCUUUGCUUUCAUUCAGGGGAUACUGCAAGCCUUGCUGAUCGCCUUAGCUACAUCCUCCAGCUCAGCCACCCUGCCCAUCACCCUCAAGUGUCUCCUGGAGAACAAUGGCAUCGACAGGCGCGUGGCACGGUUCGUGCUCCCUGUUGGGGCCACCAUCAACAUGGACGGCACUGCGCUCUACGAGGCAGUCGCUGCCAUCUUCAUUGCCCAGGUCAAUGAGUAUGAACUGGAUUUGGGACAAAUUAUAACUAUAAGCAUCACGGCCUCGGCAGCCAGCAUUGGGGCCGCUGGGAUCCCGCAAUCCGGGCUUGUCACCAUGGUCAUUGUGCUCACCUCCGUGGGGCUGCCCACCGAGGAUAUCACCCUCAUCAUCGCUGUCGACUGGGCUCUGGACCGACUACGAACCAUGACCAACGUCCUUGGUGACGCCCUGGCUGCUGGCAUCAUAGCACAUGUCUGUGAGAAGGACUUUGCCCCAAAGCCUCCCCCACAAGACCCAGUGAGCAACAAAGACAAGUUUCCUUCUGCUGAGACCUCACACCUGCACCCCAAAGACAAUGGGAUUGAAAUGACUGAAGAAACACUGUUGGAUCAGACAGGAAUUCACUAUAACAUCUGCCAGGUGUAGAUAACAGCGUUCCUGCACCCUGGAAUGGCAUCUUGGUGCUAAACACUGACACUGUAGGUGUCGAAUAUGGAUGCUUUGCAAGAUAAAGGCCUUACUUGGCACAAAAAGUGGGAAAAUUCUCUCUUAUCCUUUGAAGACUGUGGGACUCCCACCAGGCACCCAAAGAACAUGGCUCUGCCCCUGGGGCAGGGAGCCACCUCCUCCCUGAACCUGAGGACACAGCUGGGAGCUCACUGCCCUGUCUUAAAUAGAUGGCUUUGAAGGAUUUAUAGCUCCCAUUUUUCCAAGCUCACCUGUUUCUGAAAGCUAGGGAGGUGAGCAGGUGUUAGCAGACUGGAUUUGGUGAGAAUGCAGUAGGAAUUGGAAACACUGAGCCCUUUGGCCAGCAGCUCUUCCCUGGAGGCCAGGUUGUACUCCAGAAGCUUUUGGUUCUCUUAUUAUAGACAUUAUUUUUUUUAAUCAUUGCUUUUAUUACUGGGUUCUCAUCUAAAAACUAAGAUUAAGUGAAUUUGUCUAGAGCUCAAAAUCCAAGUUGGACAUAACUGGAUUUCCCAGCUGUCAGGUUAGACAGGACGGCUGAGCUGUUGCACUCUGUCAGGGACACUGGGAUUCACUGGCUGGAAGAAAGGAAGGACCAGCUGGACACCUGUUCCUACAGCUGUUUUAUUACAGAGAAUUAAUUUACCAGGUCCAAUUGCAACUGUGUUGAUUUUCCCAGCUAAGGCUCUGUCCCCAGGUUCAAAUUCCAAUGACAGCCUUAAAAUCCAGGCUUCCCAGGGCAGCCUUCUACACAAAAGCCUUUUAUACCAACAAUUCAUGUCACUGAAUUAACUUGUCUCUUAAAAUGUCAUCUCUUUUCUCCUUGAUAUUUCCUGCCACAGAAUUAGCAAUCACAACACUCAGACCCCUACACACAUUACUGAACUGUUCUCCAAUUGCACAUAAAGAAAAUAUUUUCUAUGCAGAAUUCUUUCAAGGUGAAGUCAGAAGUUGUAAAAAAAAUUCUAAUUUACAAAUAUUCAUUCCAGUUUUGCCAAAUGAAAAGGAGAAACUAUUAAAUAUCAUAAACCAGCUUUUACACAAAAAUUGUCUCCUAUUAAAUUACAACAGCCUCCCCAUAAUUAGAAUACUGGGCAACAUAAGCUUGAGACACUGCUGCUAACUUUGGCCUUUUUCACCCUUUCUCCUUGGUGAGGUUAAUUGUUACCUUCUUAAACAUUACAGCCCAACUGCUCUUCAAGGAACAGUCAUGUCAUUCACAAACCUAAAAUAACCACAUUUCAAAUCAAUCUCUGCAGCUUCCCCAGACAUCCCUCCCUCCUUCCCUUAUCAUUUAUGAUCACCAUGAUACAUCACACGCUGGUUCAGCAUCACUGGCUCUGAAGGGAUUUGUGGUUGUUCCUCUUUACCAGGACUGAGCUCAGCCACCCAAAACCCCCUGGGAGAUGCUGGUGAACACUGGGGAGGCUCCAGGCAGCCCCAGUUCUGGACAAGGGUCUGAGUAUCCCAUCCAUCUGCAAGUCACCCACAUCCUGCAGACACUGUUGGAAAGACACCUCCAAUGCACCUGCUCCAAUGUGGUAAUUAAAAUAGGUGAGAUAUAUGAGACCUUUCUGGUCAGUCACUGGUGCAUGGAGCACCCACAUCCCUCACUGCAUACCAUGGGUGAAUCCAGGCUGACCAGCACAGACAAGCUCCAUUCUCUCAUUAAUGAGGUGUGGAUAUUACAGCCCACAAUUAACCCUGCAACAAAAGGCAGGAUGGAAUGUCCAUGAUGAAGGUCCUUGAGUGAGUGCUGGGGCUGCAGGAUGAGCCUCUGGGCAGUCACUCCCAUUACUAGGCUGCUGCAGACCACCUUAUCCCCUGCCCUGGAAACAGCAAGUCACACUAGAACAAUUUAAACAGCACAUCCUUGAGCUCUCUACAACAAAGAAAAAAUUAUUACUGAAAAAAUCCUACCCUGUACAACUUGCCCCAGGAGUUACAAGUCCUGUGCUUUAUCAAUCCCAGUGAGACUUUUGAAUCCAGGAGCCUCAAAACUGGGCUGUCAUCACUGCGCCCCUCUAACAAGAUAAAACAAGGAGAAAAAAAAAAUUCAAGUGCUUCUGAAAAUCACUUUGUGGUCUGGUACAGAGGGAAUGCAUCGUUAUUGAUGGGGAAAACUCAAAAGGCAGCAAGGACAAUCCAUCUUCACCACUGCAGGCACAGGAGAGGCACCUGAACACUUUUAACAGGGCAGAAAUUGUGGAAAAGCAAAUGGAACAGAUUUAUGGGAUGGCCCAGCUGGUGAGGAGCCCCAUCCCAGACUAUGCCCUUGGGAUAGCACCAUCCCAAUCCCACCUGUGUUUUCAAUCUGCUGCUGGGGAAACACUGCCACCAGUGUUUACCUGCUGCUCAGGCAGGAAGGAAUAGCAGCCUCCCUGUGGCAGCCCCAAGAGUCAGCGGCACCCAUGGAACCCCAGAAUGUCAGCAGGGCUUUUGAAGAGAGCAACACAAACUCACUGGGGGUGAGGAACAAGAGAUUUCUAGAAGACAAGAAAGUAGCAGAAGACAAGAAAGUCACUGGGCAGCACCUGGAAGAAUUUUGUACUGUACUAACUGUAUUCAGGAGACUAGGAUGGGAAGGAGGUGAAGUUCCAUGUGUCCCACAUCAGGGAAACUGAGGUGUCUUGCUUGGCAAACUGGUACCUGUCUAUUCAGCCUCAAAAAAGAUAAAAACAAGGUAAAAACAACAGGCACUGCCCAGGCUCCCCAGGCAAUGGUCCUGGCCCCAAGGCUGCCAGAGCUCCAGGAGUGCUUGGGCACCGCUCUCAGGGAUGCUCAGGGUGGGACUGCUGGGGUGUCUGGGCAGGGACAGAGGUAGAUCAAUGAUCCCUGGGGUCCCUUUGAGUUCAGGAUAUUCUGUAGUUCAAUAAUUAAAUUCUACUGACUGAUACACUCUGCCUUCAAAGUACUAUAAACUAUUUUCCCAGGCACCUGCAAGAAAAAGAGGUGCCUCUCUGUUCUAGCACUGAAAAUCUAACUGUGUUAUUUCCAUGCAACUGGAGAAGUACAGGCAGCACAAGGCACAAACCCUACAGCACAGAACUCUGGCGUACAGAAAGCAUACAAACUCAAAUGCGCAUUUCUUCCUUGGAAAUCCUGUUUUCCUUAAACAAAAAUCUCAGCUGCUACAUGAUCCCUGGUUUAUGGUUGCUGUGCAUAAUACUGUAAUCAAGUUGGAGAGCAACUGGGUGAAGGAAUUUGGCUCUUAUACAAGUGUUAUUUUACUGAAAAAAAAUUCAAGGAAAGCUACUUUGGUGAACUAAAAAUCCACGUGAAAGGUAUUUAUGGGGUCUGUGGUUAUUAAGCAAAAGGUAAAGUUGAAGCAGUCUUUGGCUUUGGGGCAUGUCCCAGACAGGGGCAGACAACCCAUUCAAGGGCCACAUGAGCCUUGACUGGGGAAUGACAUUUCCAGUGAUAUUUAGGAAUCUGAAGAUGUGACUGACCAUAAACACUAAGCUUAAAUGAAUUUUCAUUGAACUGAAUGACUCAAGUGUAUACU